AUCAUUGUCUUGUAGCGACACACAGUGAUGCCACAGCACGCACACUUGUCUCGUAUCAACAACUCACAUUUGAUGGCGACUCACAGUCCACGGAGUACUUUACUUGCGCAGGCGCAGCUGCUAAGGUUGCUCUCAUCUAUUCAUACUUUUGAUCAUAUCGCAUUCCGAGUCUUUCAUAAUGUUCUUCAACGCAAUCCUUUAGAUUCUGGCUACAGCAAGCGUUUUGCGCCAUAAUGGGCCUCGUGUAAAAAACUUCUAAAUGAUUAUUCUUUUGUUAAUUAUUAUGUUUGGAUGGUAUUUUGUGAUUUACACAAAAACACCAUAAUUAAGAACAGGAGCGUCUGUUUUAAAUGUUGGCUAAUUUAGAGAGUCGUCAUGUUUCCACGAGGUGGUCAUGACCCUCAGCAUUGAGGAAACCGACGCGGCAGCAGCAGUAUAUUUCAAAAUUGCUCAAUUUUAGUUAAGAUUCUGUAUCAAAAUGUAAGAGCGGAACCCAAUUACUGAGGCUCCGCUGUCCGCCCGUAACAGUCUGUAUCUUAUUACUGCAAAUUUUCACAGAUUAUUUAUUUCUAUACCUGCUAUGACAAAAAAUGCUAAAAAUACAGUCCAUACUUAAGACCGACUCGCACUUGCUCUUUAGGUACUGUUGUACUACCCCAUCACCAGAUUUCAUGUAUCCUUCCCAAUAGUCCAAUGUUAAACUAGGAUGGGUGUACGCCUUUCAUAGUAGAAUAGUCAGUAGUUGAAUCAUUAGGUAACUCGUCGCAAAGUGACAGGCGUCGGCGUCGGCGGCGUUUCAGCUUCUAGUAACAAAUGUCAAAAUUACUUAGUGAAAACAGUGCUUAGUUUAAAUCUGGUGUAUCACUGAUCAAUAGGCCCAGUUAUAUCAUCACAAUCUUACGGGAUUGCUCUGAAUUAUUGACCGUCGAGGUAACCUAUAAACGAACUUGAAUUGAAUGUACGAACGAAUACUUUUUCAAAAACAACAUCUAGCACUAAGCAUGCUGUGAUAUUGCUCAAUAAUUAAGUAACAUAUUAUACAAACAUCGCGGAAGAUAUACAAAUUGCAUUUCACUCUUAGCUAUCACGAUUCCACUCAUGAUGUGGUAAGCAUAUGCAAAGAGUUUCGGUAUCAGGGGUCGGUAUCCCCACCGACGGCUGCUCAGUACCGCGGCAAUCGGUGUUCAGCAAGGAUGGGUCGAACCUCGCGCCUCGCCCGCCUCGCCUACCUCACGAUAUUAUUACAAGGCGUGUUUGCUCAGCGACAUCCCAUCAAGGAGGCUCUACUUUUGCACAAUGAAAACUUUAUGAACGCUACAUUCGAGGACUGUCUCUGGAAGCGUGACAAGGAGGUCUGCCCAGACCCUGAUGUGAACCUGCACUUGUAUACUCAAGCGGAUCCUGUGAAGAAUGUGGUGGACCUCAGCAGCCAGGACUGGCUUCGGCAGAGUGGUUGGGACCCCGCGCAUGAGAACAUCCUGCUGGUGCAUGGUUAUGCAGGUGGAGACGAAACUCUUCCUAUCGUGGUGCUCAGGGACGCGUACCUCCGCCGCGGCGGUUACAACGUGUUCAUGCUAGACUGGGGUGCUCUCUGCCAGCCGCCCUGCUACGUGGCAGCGGUGCACAACCUGCGGCCGGUGGCGCGCUGUGUGGCCGAAGCCCUGUCAGUACUGCGCCGCGCCGGCCUCCGGACUGACAACCUUACCUGUGUGGGACACUCGCUAGGAGCUCACUUAUGUGGAAUUAUUGCUAACUUUUUGACGUUUAGGCUUAACAGGAUUAUAGGCUUGGACCCCGCCCGUCCUCUGAUCCGUUCCGCGCCGGCGCUCCGGCUGGACCCGGGCGACGCGCGCGCCGUGCACGUGCUGCACACUAACGCGGGCCGCUACGGGGAGGCCGCGCGGCUCGGACAUGCCGACUUCUGCCUUAAUGGGGGACGAAGCCAGCCUUACUGUGAAGAUACGCCUAAUGAAGCGCUAUGCAGCCACAUCUGGUCGAUCUGCUACCAGGCGGAGAGCCUGUUCCGCGCGCGGGCCGCGGCGCCGUGCGGGCGGCGCUGCUCCGUGCGCGUGCCGCCCGCGCGCGCCUCUGCGCUGCCCGUGCCCAUAGGCCAGCCCGCGCCUAUGACUGCAUCAGGCGCGUAUUGCCUUGAAGACUUCGCCACCCCAUUCUGUCCUCACACGUCAGGCCUGCAGGAGGGGGACUCGCGUUGCUGUCUGGACGAGCUGUACGCUGCCGCCGCCACCGCCAACAGCGUGACCCCGCAACGAAAGAGGCCCCGACCUGUACGACUACGGGGGCCUAGGUAUAGCCAUAACGACACGGAAAACUAUAAUAUAGUGUAGGUAGAAUUAUGUUCAGGAUUUACGGAAGAACUUGUCCGUAGAUAUUUAUAAUUUCUGUUUAAUUAGUUACCUAAAAGUGAAGAUUAAUUUUAUCUAUAAUCUGUGGUAGUCUAAAUAACUUCCUUGACGUAUAACACAAAACUGAAAAAAAAACGGAUAAUUCGUUAUAGCUGUACUAACUACAAUCUGUCAAUUAAAUUAAUUUAAAAAUAGAUCUUUUAACUAAAUCUAAGAAAAAGGGUUAUUUGUUGCUUCGUAAAAAAUACUACAGACUUACUAAUGAUAAAUAGUUAUUUCUUUCGCAAUUGUAAAAACGACACCUAGAACACCAUCCAUUCAUUCAUACCACUCUGACAAUGUAUGCACAGCAGUUAUUUAUUAAAUUCAGUUAUGACUUAAAAACAAAACACGUUAUUUAUUUAUCAUAGGGUAGGUGUUAGCUUUAAGCUUUUGUACAAACGAAUGAUUUUUAAAACUAUAUUGUUUUUUCAGUUUUGAUUAAGUAUUAUUUUAAGAUAUAAAUAUAAGUAUAAAACGGAGGCUUUUUAUACGUAAAACUUUAUCUAAUAAUUUAAUUGGGAAGAGUAUUUGCUGUAAUAAAUUGAACAAUAUUCGUUAUUUAUAUUGUAUGUAGAUUGGAGUUUAGCCAAAGAAAAUCUUACCAUUUAGUAGUAUGGAAUAAAUUAUUAUUAUACUUGCUAUUAAAUAAAGUUUGUUAUUGAACGAAA